AUGGCACAAGUCAACUGUGGCUGUUGUGUUUACGUUGGAAAUAUCUUCCAAUAUCUGCCCCAAGUCUCUCUCAAAGCCCAUGCAACCAUUUUCUCUACCGCAGCUCGUACCACAUUGACCCAGACCUUUGUCAACCCUUCCAACUGUAUCCUAGAAGAGGCUUCCUACAGGUUCCCCCUCUACGAUGGCGUCAGUGUUGUCGGCUUCCAGUGUCACGUCGGCACCCGCCUUCUACAUAGCAAAGUGAAAUCCAAGGAACAGGCUAACAUCGACUACCAAGAUGCUGUGGAUAGGAAUGAGUCAGCCGCCAUCAUGGAUCAAUCUCCCACCGAAAGCGAUGUUUUCACCAUUCGCCUGGGAAAUGUUCCAGCCAACGAGAAAGUGAUCGUGGAAAUCACUUUUAUUGGUGAACUCAAGCAAGAUGCACAACUCGAUGGAGUCCGCUACACAUUGCCUAACUCCAUUGCCCCUCGCUAUCAAAACCUGUUCACCAUGCCACCCCCCGAGCAAACCCCUGGUUUUCCAAUUCAGUUGGAAGGGAUUUCUAUCACCGCUGACAUUCUGCUGGAAAAAUCCUCUGUCAUCCGAGAAAUCCAGUCCCCAAGCCACUCCCCGAAAGUCUCUCUUGGUAGAGUCUCCUCCACCGCGUCAGAAGCCAGCGGUUUUGAGCCGUCUCAGGCCUCUGCUACUCUGCGUCUAGGAAAGGACAGCCAAGCACUACUAGAACGCGACUUUGUUCUAGUUGCCAAAGCUGAUGGACUUGAUAAUCCUCGCGCACUUCUUGAGUCUCACCCGACUAUUCCAGGCCAGCGCGCUUUGAUGGCUACACUGGUACCCAAGUUCAGUUUACCGCCCAAUAAGCCGGAGAUCGUGUUCGUGAUUGAUCGAAGUGGCAGCAUGCGUGGAAAUAUCAGCACCCUGAAAGAUGCUCUUCGGGUUUUCCUGAAGUCUUUGCCACUUGGAGUGUGCUUUAAUAUUUGCUCUUUUGGAUCGGAGUAUUCAUUCCUAUGGCCAAGCAGCAAAGCAUAUGACAAGUCAAGCCUCCAGGAGGCCCUCAACUUGGUGAAUAGCAUUGGCGCUGAUAUGAGAGGUACUAAUAUGCAGCCGGCCGUGGAGGCUACCGUGAAAAAUCGCCUUGCGGAGAAGGACUUGGAAGUUCUAUUACUUACCGAUGGUGAAAUAAUGGACCAACAAUCACUUUUCGAAAUCGUUCGAGAAACCGCCAAUAAGCAUACUGCUCGCUUCUUUACUCUGGGUAUCGGUCAUGCAGUAUCCCACGCCUUGAUUGAAGGAGUGGCACGAGCUGGCCAGGGAUUUUCUCAGUCGGUACUCCAGAACGAAGAGCUAGACAAAAGUGUCAUCCGGAUGCUUAAGGGAGCUCUCACUCCCCAUAUCUAUGACUACAAGCUGGAGGUUGACUACGAUAAUACGGUGGAUCAAGAUUUUGAGAUAGUCAACCCUGCCAGCCUUUCCUCGACUAAAACUGAGGUAGAUUCCAACGGCGCGGUCGAACAGCCAGCUGCUCCCCCCAUUUCCCUCUUCAGCGAUGAUUUCAAGGAGCUAGAGUCAUCCUCGGUCCUUGAAGGAGCUUCUGUGAAUACUCUCCCCGUGUUUUCCUCACCCAAGACCAUCCAAGCCCCACACAAGAUUCCUCCCCUUUACCCAUUCAUCAGGACAACUGCAUAUCUCCUCCUUGACCCUGAAUCUGACAGGAUUCCGCAUUCUCUUACAUUUACAGCCACAUCAAAACAGGGUCCCCUGUGUUUGCGGAUCCCUAUAACUGAUAUCGGAAAAGGAGAGACCAUUCAUCAGCUUGCAUCUCGCAAAGCCGUCGUUGAACUAGAAGAGCGACACGGCUGGCUGGAAAAAGUCAAAGAUGCUAGUGGCAACCCGUUCAAGCAGCUUCACUUCCAGACCCAGGAACAGAUCGUCGCUCGCGAAUGUCAGAAUCUCGGCAUCAAGUACCAGAUCACAGGCAAAUACUGUUCUUUCGUUGCUUUGGAAAACGACCCUGAUCUGACCGAAACGCCUGUAACAAGGGAGCCAAAGGUAUAUAAGGCUGAGAGGGUACGAGUGUCUGUUGCUACUAGAAACAAUGACUUACCUGUCACUGCUCACAUGGUGAUGCGUGCUCGGACAAUACCUGCAGCUAGUGCAGGAUUCGCGUCAUCAGAAAGCGCUAGCAUUCGGUCAGGUGGACUGUUUGGAUCUGCCAAAUACGUUCCACCAGCGCCACCAUCGCGUGUAGUCGGCAAAAGGAGUGUACGUCUUACUUCCGAGGGGCUUUUUGGAAAUACCCAAUCCGUUCCACCACCUCCCUGUGCACAAUAUCCAGUACCAGCGCGGGUCAUAUUUGACCAAGCUGCAGCGAGCACUGCUCCGUCUUCAGGUGGACUUUUCGGAUCAGCCCAGCCCUUUAGAUCAGGGCAACACGUUCCACCGCCCCCAGCAUCAGCGCGACGCGUUCCACCACUCCCAGGAUCAGGGCAACGCGUUUCACCACCCCCAGCAUCAGCGCGACGCGUUCCACCACCCCCAGCAUCAAGGCAACGCGUUUCACCACCCCCAGCAUCAGCGCGACGUGUUCCACCACCCCCAGCAUCAAGGCAACAAAACAUGCAAAGCACGCAGCAUGCACAAAUGCAAAUGGCAGCAUCAAACAGGGCCAUGUUGGGACAGACGACAGCAAGCGCUGGUCUUUCUUCGGGUGGACUUUUCGGAUCAGCCCAGUCAACUCCCGCGCCUCCAGCACCAAGUCUUCGGAACAUGUCUGAAUAUUCCAUGCAAUCUGCAGUUAAGACCCCAAAAUCAAAGGUGCACUCCUUGAUUGAAUUGCAGGGCUUUGAAGGAAGCUGGGUCUGGGAUCAGCAGCUUUUCGAUGUCAUUACCACUGACAUGAAUGAAACGCGCAACAAAGUUAAUGCUAUACUCAGGAGUUCCGGCAAACGUGAUGUCCUGACGGGGAGAGAGGAGAAUGUCGUUGCUACUCUGAUGAUCAUGGGAUUGCUGAAGCGGGAUCAUCAGAAUUCUGACGAACUUUGGGGACUUGUCUAUGAGAAGGCUGAUACUUGGGUCCAGAAUGAAUUGGCGGAGAUGCAAAGCGAGGCUGUUGAUGUGCAGAGCAUCGGAACUUGGAUGUCAUUGCUUUAA